AGUGGCCCCCAGGAUAAAGGAGGCCAGGGGCGGGGCUCAUCCCUGGUCCGCCGGUCUCCUGGGCUCCACCAAUCAGUGAGCGCCCUGUUGGCCAUCCGCGGCUCCAGAGCCCCUCCCUCUCCCGCCGGCCUCUGCGUCCCAGAAUCCAAGAUGGCGGUGUCCAGGCGGCGGGGUCCCCAGGCUGGAGCGCAGUCGUUCUUCUGCGCCCUGCUGCUGUCUUUCAGCCAAUUCGUCGGGAGCGACGGCAUGGGAGGAGAUGCUGCGGCUCCCGGCGCCGCAGGCACCCAGGCCGAGUUGCCACACCGCCGUUUCGAGUACAAAUACAGCUUUAAGGGGCCGCAUCUGGUGCAGAGCGAUGGGACCGUGCCCUUUUGGGCCCACGCGGGGAAUGCUAUUCCAAGUGCAGAUCAGAUCCGAAUAGCACCGUCCUUAAAGAGCCAAAGAGGUUCCGUGUGGACCAAAACAAAAGCAGCCUUCGAGAACUGGGAAGUGGAAGUGACAUUCCGAGUGACCGGAAGAGGUCGAAUUGGAGCUGAUGGCUUAGCAAUUUGGUAUACAGAAAACCAAGGCUUGGACGGCCCUGUGUUUGGAUCAGCUGAUAUGUGGAAUGGUGUUGGAAUAUUUUUUGAUUCUUUUGACAAUGACGGAAAGAAAAACAAUCCUGCUAUAGUAGUUGUAGGCAACAAUGGACAAAUCAAUUAUGACCACCAAAAUGAUGGUGCCACUCAAGCCUUAGCGAGUUGUCAGAGGGACUUCCGUAAUAAACCCUAUCCUGUCCGGGCAAAGAUUACCUAUUACCAGAAAACACUGACGGUCAUGAUCAAUAAUGGCUUUACACCAGAUAAAAAUGAUUAUGAAUUCUGUGCCAAAGUGGAAAAUAUGGUUAUCCCCACGCAAGGGCAUUUUGGGAUAUCUGCUGCAACAGGAGGUCUUGCAGAUGACCACGAUGUUCUCUCUUUCCUGACUUUCCAACUAACCGAGCCCGGAAAAGAGCCACCUACGCCAGAAAAAGACAUUUCAGAAAAAGAAAAGGAAAAGUAUCAAGAGGAGUUUGAACACUUCCAGCAAGAAUUAGACAAGAAGAAGGAGGAAUUCCAGAAGGGCCACCCUGACCUCCAGGGGCAGCCAGCGGAUGACAUCUUUGAGAGCAUAGGGGAUCGGGAGCUGAGACAAGUGUUUGAAGGACAGAAUCGCAUUCAUCUGGAGAUCAAGCAACUUAACCGGCAGCUGGAUAUGAUUCUCGAUGAACAGAGGAGAUACGUGUCUUCUCUGACAGAGGAGAUUUCCAGGAGAGGAGCAGGGACCCCAGGACAGCCUGGGCAGGUCUCCCAACAGGAACUGGACACUGUUGUGAGGACCCAGCAGGAGAUUUUGAGACAAGUGAAUGAGAUGAAGAACUCCAUGAGUGAGACCUUGCGGCUGGUUAGUGGCGUCCAGCACCCGGGCUCGGCCGGCGUCUACGAGACAACCCAGCACUUCAUGGACAUCAAGGAGCACCUGCACAUCGUGAAGAGAGAUAUCGACAGCCUCGCGCAGCGCAGCAUGUCAUCUAAUGAAAAACCAAAAUGCCCAGAUCUACCAGCAUUCCCGUCGUGUCUGUCCACAGUCCACUUUGUGAUAUUUAUAGUGGUGCAGACGGUGUUGUUCAUUGGCUACAUCAUGUACAGGACUCAGCAAGAAGCAGCUGCCAAAAAAUUCUUCUGACCUUCAUUUUCCUAUGUGUACGUCAUCUGGGCUAGACUUUCGCUGGCUUCAAGACAAUUUACCUCUUAUUAAAGUAAUGGUCUCGUUUGCUUUGGGAUCCAGAACAACACUGUUUAGUAUAUAUGCUACUAAAUUGUUGUAAGCCUUUGUAAGUUUCCUCUCAGAUGUCAUUUGGAGAUUGGUCUGACAACCUGAGAUCUAUAUAAGACUUUAUGAAGAACGGUCUACGUUGUGGCACUACCUAACCCGCACCGCGUGUGCAGUCUCUUUGUGUGUUAUCCUAGAAGUGUCACAGUGCACUCACAGUGACUGCACAGAACUCCCUGUGGCACCAAGUGCUCCUUACCUUCUCUGGAGCUGGCUUUUGACAGUCAUGUUCUAAUAGAGUGUCAUCUCAGAACUCCAGACAAGUGUCCGAUGUAGACUAGGAGUCUUGGGAAAUCUUCUUGAGAUAAAGGCUACCAAAGCCAAUGUUACCAAGUCCAUAGUCACGUGUGCCUGGAUGCUAAAGGAAUCCCAAAUCUGGGCAGUGUACGUUUUCAGGCUCGAGUCCACGGAGAAGCACACUGGUCGUUCCUAACGUGACUGCAGCCAGCCACUGCAGCAGGAGCAGGUCCCUUUACUUCCGGCUGCUUAGAGAGUCACUCAGCAAGAUAGUUCAGAUCGUAUAUCUGUCUUUGUUUGUUUUUCAAAAUCAUUAAAUCUAAAUAGCUCACUUCUGAGCAAAACCCUGCUCUGUGGACAAUUAUCACUGCCAGAAUCCUCCAUUUCUGUAGUGUCCUGUGUGAUUGGAAUAAUCAACUUCUCACACCAGCAAGGAUUUUACAGGUGCCUUGGAUUAAAACAGAAUUUUUUUUUAAAAAACUUUUAAGUCUUUAUUUACAAUGCCACUUUUAAAAGAAAUCUCAAUUAUGGAACUGCCGAUAGGCCUGUUUAAUGCCAUUUGUGGUAGAAUUAUUUAAAUGCUUUUUUCCUUUAAAACUUCACCGUGAAGUCACAGACAGUAACCAGUGUUUUAUCAUGUAUUGAAGGCACAUGAGUGUUUUUCAGAGUAUUGCCCAUGGACCAACCAUUCAGUUCAUGGGAUGCUUAUUAAGAAUACAGAUUCCAAGGCCCCAUUCCAGUUCAUCCACAUCACAACUCAGGUGUGGCUUUCGAGUGUCUGUUCCACAGACACCACAGACAUAGCACACGACAGUUGAGAACCACUAGAAUGGGGAGUAGGGAAAACAUGUUUGAUGGGUGUUUAUUUGUGGGCGCAGAGCUGAGCCACGCACAUUGAGACCGGCGUCUGUGCUUGUGCUUCUGCACAUCUCAGUGUUCACUAACUCUCCAUUCACUAGCAACUGCAAACUAAGUCCAGGCUGUUGGCUGGCCUCUCAGCUCUUCAGUGAUGACUUUGACCUGUUGAAUCAUCUUUGGCUCAUGGCAAAGCGUAACUCUGAAGCUUGCCUGCCGAAGCCGUUGCCUUCCUGAUAGUCACCACUGGUCAUCUCAGACGACUGCACAUGUUGAUAACAUGAGGAACAUGGGAAAGACUUGAAUAAGGGUCGCUCACCCGCUGCUCUUCCGAGUAAAGAACGUAUCACUGUGGUUACCGACUCUUGACUCUUUGCAGCGCCCACAUGCUGGUUGGCGGAAGGCAAUGAACAAAUUAGUCAUCGGGAACUUUGUAAGAUUGAGGGUGGGAUCAGCUCUUAGAACUUUUUAAAUCUAUAUGUUGCCCAUUUUAAUAUAUUUCUCUUAUGAUGUUAAAGUUUAAAAGGGUUUUCUAUCCACUGUCAAUUUUAAUUAUAUAACAUUUUGUCAAGGUUUUGUUUGUUUUUGUUUUCCUUUUCUGAUUGUUACUUGAUGCUAGCUGGAAUUCAAAAAAAUGUCAAUGACUUUAUUCAAAUAAAAGAAAUAUUUUAGUAAA